UUUGCCACAUUAACGGACUUCAUUAAAGCGACAUUCAUGUUGAUUCAUGGCACCCCUUGCGUCGUCAGGAAGCUGCUCUUCUGACUACUUCUCCGAAGACGACCCUUCGUUUCUCCGGGCGCUAGAAGAUGCAGUACUUCCAGGUGACAUCGUGCAGAAAUCGCUGAAUAGCGGUGGGUCAGAGUCUGAAGACAAUGACGGAGUGCCACCGUUGUCCCAGCCUUGCCUCAAGAGACGAUACGAAUUGUCUUCAGAUGACGAACAGGGAGCCCCACACCAAGACUCGGGAGAUGACCCAUUCGAACCUCCGCCACUUACCCAGCCUUGUCUGAAACGCAAAUAUGCCGAUGACACUCUAUCUGACAUCGAUGAAGAAGGAGGAUCAUCGAACUCGCCUACGAAACGCCGUCGCGCUGAAGAAGACGACGCAAUAUACGGACAGUCACAUUUUGGAGAUUUUGGGGAAUAUAUGCACAGGAAACGAGCAAAGCUGCAGAUUCAGAACUCGGAGUUUGAAUCCAAUAGUGGCGGUAUCUUCAAGGGAUUAGCGAUCUAUAUCAAUGGGUGGACGCAGCCAUCUGUACAGGAACUCCGGCAAUUGAUUGUCAAACACGGUGGAGUUUUCCAGCCAUAUCUUCACAAGAAGACUAUUGUUACACAUAUCUUGACAUGUUCCCUUACCCCCGCAAAGCUUCGUGAAUUCAAGAAUAUGAAAGUUGUACGACCGAACUGGAUAGUGAAAAGCGCUGAGCAAGGCAUACUUCUUCCCUGGCAAGAUUAUGUGUUCUCCGCGUCCGAGCGAUUGGAUGGCACCCAAGGGCCAAAGACAAAUCAACAACCGCUUCAGACAGUCUCGCGGCCUCUGUCUGCUACGUCUAAACCUGCAGCAAACACUUCUACACUCAAUGUUCCCCAUUAUGCCUCCCACACAUCCAAUCCUCUGGCUGAGCGUGCUAUGGCUCGACCAGAAUGGCGAAAUGCACAUACAUCAGUCGCACCGGAUUUCAUCGAAGGCUACUAUAAGAAUUCGCGACUUCACCACCUAUCCACCUGGAAAUCAGAGCUCAAGAAUCUCGUAAAGGAGGCUCAAGAACGUGCAGAAUCAGGGAGCGACGCGACUAAAGUAGCCUCAGAAGAAGAAUCUGGUACGACCGGUGGCGUAAGCAUGCGGGGCGCCGAGUUUGUUAUGAGAUCUCCUUCAAAGAAAGGCAAAGGAAGAGCCGAUCUAGAGGAACGGGUCAUCAUGCACUGUGACUUUGACUGUUUCUUUGUGUCUGCCGGGUUGAUAAACCGCCCACAACUUCGAGGGAAGCCUGUGGUCGUUUGUCAUUCUCAAGGUGAACAAGGCGGCGGUUCCAGCACCAGCGAAAUUGCGAGUUGUAGCUAUGAAGCGCGUGAAUUUGGGAUCAAGAAUGGGAUGAGCUUACAACAAGCACGCAAACUAUGCCCGACGAUCAUGACAAUACCUUAUGAAUUUGAACUGUACAAGCAGUUUUCCUUGCGGUUCUACACCGUCUUGAUGGCACACGCUGAUGACCUUCAAGCGGUAUCAGUAGACGAAGCCUUGAUCGAUGUGACGGGCACCGUCAAUCGUUUGAGGGCGAAGGCAAAGGGUGUAGUCGACCCAGCGAAGGAGCUUGCAGAGACCAUUCGCGCCGAAGUAAACAAGUCUACCGGAUGCGAAAUCAGUAUAGGGAUUUCGCACAACAUACGACUCGCCCGACUCGCCACUCGGCGAGCGAAACCCGCAGGAUCUUACCACUUGCUACAAGACGAUGUUGCAGAGUUCGUGGCACCCUUGGAUAUAUCUUCUCUCCACGGAUUUGGCUAUUCAGCCAAGCAGAAAGUCAUUGACAAAUUCGGCGUUAGCACCCUAGGUGAAUUAGCGACCAAAAGCAAGGCUGUGUUAUGCGAUGUGCUGGGAAAGGGUACCGGGGAAACGCUUUACAAUGCCAUUCGGGGUGUAGACGACAAGAAGCUGGAGUCCGACAAAGCCAGGAAAUCAGUGUCAUGCGAGAUCAACUAUGGUAUCCGAUUUGAGAAUAACGAACAGGCAGAGACAUUUAUCCGCCAGAUGGCUGUGGAGGUGAUGAAGCGGCUUAAUGAUGUCAAUAUGUUGGGUCGUUCGAUAACGCUCAAAUUAAUGAAACGGGACCCCCACGCUCCCGUAGAGCCUCCAAAAUUUCUCGGGCACGGCGCUUGCGACGUCUUCAAUAAACAAGGGCCACUUGCGGAUCCAUCCGGUCGUGCGACCAAUGAUGAGAACGUCAUCGGUGACCACGCUUGGCGAAUGUUAAAGUCAUUUAAUUUUGACCCUAAAGAGCUACGUGGGAUUGGUAUCCAGAUUCAGAAACUCGAGUCGAAAGAUGCUGUCGUCAAUCCAGGACAAAAAACCUUAUCUUUCCUAGUCGAGAGUAACUCCAAGAAAGAUGCACCUCGCCCCAUCGAACAACCGCCUCCAGUGGAGCCUCCACCACAAGAGGCCAGACCCUCCGCCCCAUCCUGGGAUCUGCCUUCAUUCUCCCAGGUAGACAAGUCGGUUUAUGAAGCCCUUCCGGAAGACGUCCGAGGCGAGCUGGACCAGGAAUACAAGCGCCGUUCCGAGUCUCCGUUCGUCCCUCCUCCAGCCCGCCGAUAUCCUACUCCAUACGUGCCUUUGCUCAGCUCCCGCAAUAGAUCUGGCCCAGCGCCUUCAGUCUUCCCUCAGCUGAAAAGGAUGCCCAAUGCCAAUGUCAAGCGUAUCACUCAACAGCUCGCUCCUCGCAAUCGCCCGGUGUACUCUUCGAAUCAGAAGAAAUCUAGUUUCUUCGGAAAGCGUAUGGGUAUGGGGACGACGGCCAAGUUCCGCAUGACAGAUGAUGAUUUGCGGAAGUUUGAUAUUGACCCAGAGGUGUUUUUCGCAUUGCCAAAGAAUGUGCAGAGAGAGCAACUGACGAGGGCGAGGUUGUUGAAACUGGAAGGAGGGAUACCUGAAGUUUCUGACGAGCAUAAAAGUCUGAGACCGCGCAAGAGGCUAUAUUCGCUCGAUGGUAUUUAUCGUGCACCUCCGCCGCAGGCAAAGUAUCCUGAAGUGCCUGUCUUGAGGCAACGCGGGAAGGAAAAAGGUGAGAAACUUUGUUUCACGGAGGCAGACGAUAUACAGAAUGUCAUCGAGGCCUGGGUGACGCAGUUCACCAAGCGUCCUCCGAAUACAAAGGACGUGGAGUUCUUCUCCAAGUUUUUGGUGCGGAGUGUCGACUGUGACACAGCGUCGGGUGUAGGCGUUGAGAAGGCCAUCGCGAUUGUCAAGUGGUGGCUUGUGCUGCUGAGGAGAAAUUGGCGGGAUUUCGAGCACGAGACAUUUGAGCCUCAUGAGUAUGAUUCGGAAGAAACGCGUAAUAGGAGGGCUGUCGCAGAGGCGUGGUGGAAGACUUUCAGGGAUGUCAAGGAGAAGAUGGAUGUUGUCGCGCGGAGGAAAUUUGGUGGGAAGUUGUCGUUGAGGUACCAUUAUUUUGAGGUCUACUACACGUCGUUUCAGUCAGUAUGUAUGUAUUAUCUUCAUCGUUUAAGGGCAAUUCGACACGCUUGUCAACGUUUGCAAGUGUUAUGGCCCAGUUAAUUGCGCAUCUAUAGUCCAGGGGCUCGAGUGAGGUACGGCUCUCAGGCUCAAGCGGUCCAAGAGCGCGCUGAGCAAAGGUAUGCAUAUGCAUCAGACCCCGGUCAAAGUUGAGAACAUCGACAUGGAAUAAUGAUCCCUCCGCAGAGAGGUGAUCAUCGGGUGCCUUAACGCCAGGUGUGAAAGUAGGGGAUUGAGAAGAACGAAA